AUGGCUGCCCAGCUGCGACGUGGCAUGGGCGCCGCCCUGGGGGCCGCCAGGACCGCGUUCGCGUCCCGGGGCUUCGCCAGCAUGGCCGAGGUCAACGGCAUUCCCGUCGAGGUCCACAACGAGGGCGGGAGCCGCCGCGUCGUCGUCACGAAGGAGCUCCCCGGGACGCGGUGGAUCGAUGUGCUCACGCGCGCCAACUGCAGGAUCGAGGUGUGCAAGCACCCGGACACCAUCCUGAGCAACGACACCAUCAAGCAGCUGAUCGGCGACAAGGCGGACGGCGUCCUCGGCCAGCUCACGGAGGACUGGAGCGAGGACAUGUUCGCCUUCGUCAAGGGCGCCGGCGUCAAGGCCUUCUCCACCUACGCCGUCGGGUACAACAACGUGGACGUCGCGGGUGCGACCAAGAACGGCAUCCCUGUGGGCAACACCCCGGGCGUGCUGACCGAGACGACCGCGGAGAUCGCGGCCGCGCUCACCCUCGCGGCCGCCCGGCGCGUCGUGGAGGCGGACGAGUUCAUGCGCUCGUUCCAGUACAAGGGGUGGCUGCCGACGCUCUUCGUGGGCGCGCUCCUGCAGGGCAAGACGGUCGGGAUCAUCGGCGCGGGGCGCAUCGGGAGCGCGUACGCGCGCAUGAUGGUCGAGGGCCACAAGAUGAACCUGCUGUACGCCGACCCGUACCAGAACAAGGGCCUGGAGUCGUACGUCAACGACUACGGCAAGUUCCUGGCCAGCAAGGGCGAGAAGCCCGUGACGUGCGAGCGCGUGUCCGUCGAGGACCUCCUCAAGCGCUCCGACGUCGUGUCGCUGCACAUGCUGCUCGACGCCUCCACGCGCCACACCAUCGACAAGAAGGCGCUGGGAAUGAUGAAGAAGGACGCCAUCCUCGUGAACGCCGCGCGCGGGCCGGUGAUCGACGAGGUCGCGCUCGUGGAGCACCUCCGGAACAACCCGGAGUUCCGCUGCGGCCUGGACGUGUUCGAGGACGAGCCGGAGAUGAAGCCGGGGCUCGAGAAGUGCAAGAACGCCGUCAUCGUGCCGCACAUCGCGAGCGCGACGCUCUGGACGCGCGGCGGGAUGGCGACGCUCGCGGCCGCGAACAUCGCGGGGCGCCUCGAGGGCUGGCCGGUCUGGUCGGACCCCAACAACACGGCGGACGCCUACGUGGACGGCGCGUUCGACGACAUGCCCAAGGCGUCGCCGUCGAUCGUGAACGCGGCCGACCUCGGCAUCCCCAAGAUGUGA